AGAAGAAGAGAAAGACGUUUUACAAAUGCUACUCUUGUCAGCAACCGAUAUUCCUCGAGCAUGCCAGCAAAAUGUGUUCCUUCAAUUGACGAUGAAUGGCUUGAAAUAGCUAAAGAUUUUGAAAACCAGUGGAAUUUUCCACAUUGCAUAGGGGCUCUUGACGGGAAGCAUGUGCAAAUCCAGUGUCCAGCGAAUAGUGGUAGUUCCUUCUAUAAUUACAAAGGAACAUUUAGUAUCGUCUUAAUGGCGAUCGUUGAUCCAAGCUAUAAAUUCAUAUAUGCACAUGUAUGAUCCCAGGGCCGAAUGUCAGACGGAGGCGCUUUCCACACUACCUCUUUCUGUAGAGGCUUGGUUAAUAACGCAUUAAAUAUAGCAAAACCAACACCUCUUUCUAAGACGUACCUUAUGUGAUCGUAGCAGAUGACACAUUUCCUUUGAAAACCAAUAUUAAGAAACCAUUUCCGGUUAAUAUACCAGCAGGAUUUCGAAGGAGAAUAUACAAUUAUAGGCUAUCUAGAGCCCGG